AUGUUUCUGGUGAGUUUGGAUCCCGGCGGAGCCUGCUGGAGGCUUCUCGCUCCUCGAGUGAAUACCUGGCGCCACGUCACGGAGUUUCCACGCAGUGGAGCAGAGAGUAAAAUUUUUGAAGCUAGGUUUGGAGCGCGCUUGCUGCAUUUUCCCGCGAAACUCAGAAUUCCUCACUAAUUUGGUCAAUUUUGCCCCUUUUUAGAUAUAGUUAGGGACCGCAGGCCAAUUUCCAAAGUCAGUGAUAUAAACAUGAAACCUAUAUGAAAAGAAAGCUGAUGGCAAUCGAGAGCUAACUGCGAAAACAGAAAAGAAAAAAAUAUGAAAAAAAUGAAAAAGUUAUAAGCAAAAAAAGUGGCGAAAUCGGGGGAACCACUUUUUGUGUAGAAACUUUCGUCAGGGUCGCAGGAAAAGGGGCGUGUUUAUAGAUGCCGCGCGCUCCUUGCUGUGCGUUAAUUCACGCAGGAGACGUUUCGAAAAACAUAUUUAUUUGAGUUUUUUUAGAAGUUUUUAAAUGAAAUAUUAGAGUUUUUCAUAUUGAAUAUUGCUUUUUUUCUCAAUAUCAGCCUACUCUUCAAGCACUCACGCUGCUGAAAAGCGAGUUUUGAAGAAGGUUUCAAUGCAUUUCGUAAAAAAAGAAAAUAACCGACAAAAUAGACCUCUGCGAAGGACGAACAGCAUUAAACCGAAUUGAAAAUGUAACAGUCUACUAAGAAAUUUACUGAAAAAAAUAUGUAAAUAAUCACCAAGUCCUUUUUUUCAGAGAGUUUUUUUAAAAAAAAGGGCGAAAAGCGUUUUUUUACUUUUGAUUUUCUACUUCUUUUUAUUUUUUUCUCUAAAGUUUGUGCGUCUACAUGGAGUGUACGUAGACAAUUUUUUUAGAAUUCUUUACUUGACAUUCUGAAAAAAAUUCAAAAAAAGUUGAGUAAAAGCGAAAUUUAAUACUUUUUCUCGCUGCUAUAAUGGAUAUAAUGAUAUAGGAAAAAAAGAUUCCAAUUAUGAAAUGAGUAAAAAAAGCAACUAUAAAGCCACAAUAAAAUGAGAAAACUUGAAUAGAAUACAUAAAUAGUUAAUAAAAAAACCUUCUUGACGCUUUCGAAAAAAAUUUCGUGGCCUUCGCGGUGUCUGCAGAUUUUUCAGCGACGCGCAGUUUUAAAAAAAUAACUUUCGAGCGUUUAAAUUAACCAUACUUUUUCGGGCCAUCCUAGGAAUUUUUUUAUUGUUUGAUAUGUUGUAGAGAAAUGUCUAAUGUUUGAUAUUAUGAAAUAAAAAAACUUGCCCAGAACGCUUUGGGCCGUUUUUCAAAGCGUUACGAAAAAAACCCAAAUUUUUAAGCUUUCAUAUAAACUAUAUAAUCGAUGAAAAAAACUUAGUUUUUCUAUUUUUUUAAAAUUUGCAAACAACUGCAAACAACCGUUUAAAAAAAUAUAAUCAGUAAUUAUCGAUUGCGUUUUUUUCGAAAAUAAGGAAUUUCGAAAAUCGUGAUUUUUCAAAUUGCGUUAUUUUUUUGAGGCCAACCAUAGAAUUUUUUUAUUUUUUUGCCAGAAUAUGCGUUUUUUUAGUUGCUUUAUGAUAUUCAAGAAUAAAAAAAGUUGCCCAGAAACUUUCAAGAAAAAAACGGGAUUUUUUUAUCUGUUUUUCGGCCACAAAUGCGUUUUUAAAAAAACUGUCGUCGUACAUUCUUAUUUCUCAUUUUUUUCAGUAUUCUCUUUCAUGUAGGAUUGUUAAGCAUAGCCGAUUGUAUGUUUCCCCUAAUUUUUUCCCAAAUCGGUACAAGAAAACUGUUUUUAAAAAUAUAAAAAAAGAACCAAAAUGCAACGAAAAAUGACGAAGUUUUUUUGAACAGCGAAGUGGGCGUGGCUCUGCGGUCCCUAGAUAUAGUACACGUGUUUUUAAAGUGGUUUUGUCUCUGCAUUAACGCGCUUGUUCCGAAGUUAUAGCACCCCAAAUUUAUUGGAAAAUUAAAAUUGCAAGAUUUCGGCUUUUUACGGAUUUAUUUCUACGAAAAUUUUCCUGUUCAUUGACUAAAAGCAACAUCCCGAUGUUUUGAUAUGUCUUUUAUAAAGUAGAAUGCUAUGAAACACUUUUUUUAAACUUGUUUUUUUCUAAAGAAGUUAAUUUCCUCAUAAUUAUUUUUAAAUGCACUUUUUUUCGUUCGAAACUGUUUGAGUGUCAUUUUCCAUAAAAAAACCUUCAACCUUCACCAUUGCUGUUAGCAGCAAUAAUAAAAUUUUCAAGACAUUCGAAAUUUAUUUUCACAAAAAGAUGGAUUUUUGUGUCUUACCGGUGACGGCCUUUAAGUUCCGGUGAAGGCCUUUAUAGUCUGUUCAGAUUUUUAAUGUCAAGUGCAAUGACGUCAUUCAAAAACACUCUGUGGAUGGCUCGCUCUCUGAUUGGUUUAUCGCACCAUUAUGGGCGGGACUUGAGCGACGACUUGACAUUAAAAAUCUGAACAGACUAUGAAAAGUGUGCGGUGUUCCCUAAGCAAGUUCAUAUAUUAUUUCAAAAAAAUGUGAUUUUUGAGCACUCAAAAACCUAAAUUUGCAGAAAAGAGCAUUGAUAAUGUUGGACUUGCUUUUUUUUGAAUCUAGACUGUGAAAAGACUAUACCUUAGACUCAUAAACUGGAUUAAUCAAAAUUUGAAUAAAAGCCAAUUUUUUUCUAUAAUUUUCUGAGGAUUUGAACAAAAAAAUUUAACAUUUAAACCUUAAUUUGUAAAAAAAUUGUUGAAAAAAAUUAAUGAGACUUGUAUUUCUGAGAAUUAGAGUUCACGAGGGGCUCAGCUAAUUCACUAAUGAUUCGAGGCUAUUCCAGAGAAGUUUCCAGAAUUUCCUGUGAUCUUUGGAAUUAAAAACCACCAGAAUUAGUUCCUGUUCAUACUGAAAUGUAUUCUUUUCUCUCAUCUCGAUAUUUGCAGGUCAGAUUGCUCACAGCUAAGCCGGCGAAAAAACCUGCCGCGCCUCUUCCUACUGUUACUGAGAGCAAGCCGGAAGAACAUGGUAAACUUUUUUUACAAAAAAAAGCGGCAACUGCAACAAAGUGAAAAAUAAUUUUCCGCGAUUUUCCUGAAAUAUGAGAACGCCUUCGAGAAUCAUUUUUUACACUAAGAAGUGUAUUACUGAAGUUUACAAAGAAGGGCUUUCAAAAUUUGAUCUGUCCAAAAAAAAAAAAACGAUAACGCGCUUUUCGAAAUAGAGAUAGUUCAAAAACAAGUUUUGAAUAUGUCAUUUGAGUUGAAAUUUUAUUUGAAUUGAAACGGAAAUAUAUUCGUAAAUAUAAAAAUAUGUCAACGCUAAAUUACGCUGGUACGAAUCCAAACUAUGUAUACACGGGAUGAAAAUAAAAGGUUUUUUGUUUAUUUCCACCAAUUUUCUCCUGAUAUGAUGGAAUAUUGCGUACGGGAAUCGCGAACCAAAAUCCCAAGCCAACGGCGAAAAGGGGCGGGGCUUUGCGGUCUCUGAACAUGAUUGAAUGUUUUUAGUCAGCGUUCACGAGGUUCUCGUGCCCAUCAGGAAAGAAGAGAAGCACGAACAAGUCAAAGUGAUAUCGACGAUUGAACGUGCACGAAAGCUGCCAUUUUGCCACGGGUUAGAUAACUAAUCCCCGGAAAACGUGUAGAAAUGAUCACAUUCAGCUUCAUGCCGUCUCUUGAAGCAGUCAACCUACUUGUUCGCUCAGGAGACUUUUGGUUCGCCUCCGCGAAGGUAAUCCGGCGGAAACCUUUGGGAUCAAGUUUUGAAAAAUAAAACUUUUCAGUCAAAGGCCAAGUUCGCGUUGUAGUAAGCGUGGCACUUACUUCGGCGCAAUCCACCAAGCUGAGACAGAUCAACGAGAAGGAAGACACGCGGAAAGGAUGCCAGGUGGCGAAGAAAGUGCCGUACGAAAAAGAGGAUGACGGCGAUGUCGCAACUGAUCUAGGGGAGACGGGGGAUGGUGAGGAAACCUGGAAUUAAUUCAAAGAUUUUCGGGAAAAACUGUUUCCUUUUAUGUAAAUUUCCGCCGUGUUCAAUUUGAUUCCGCGAAAUGCAAAAUACCCGUUAGAGAAAGGAAAAGAUCACUAAAUUUUGGAGAGUCAGAGAUCAUUUUGCAUUUCGCGAAAUCAAAUUGAACACGGCAUUACGGUUUUAGAGACCAAAGGCAAUUACUUUGUCGAGUUGCGGAUGCGGUUUUAAUUCGUUGGAAAGCAAGGUGGCAUUCAGAAGAGAUCAGUGUCAAAUUGCGUACAAGUUGAUUGAAACAAAAUUCCAUAAGCGGCUUACAUUUGAAAAUAAUCUUGGACAGUCGCUUAUGGACUGGACACAAUUGUUUUCGAAGAGUUACGAGAAAGUCAAGGAAAAAACCAUUCCAAAUGCGGCCAAAAGUCGUAUUGACUCGAAAAUACUUGCCGCAGUUAGAAUGACUGUUGAGAAAAUUCCGAAACAACUAGAAUUUCAAGAUCAACGAUAUAAAUAAUAAAUUGUAGCCGCUAUGAACCCUAACUUUACGCCUUCCUGUUCACAUUCAAAUUGUCUCGAGGCCUCAAACGUUAAAAAAGUCUCAAAAUAAAAAAAUACGGCUUCAACGUCAAUCGGAUAGUUUUCAGACAGGAGGAAAGGCUCGGACUCGUUUUCCGAGAUCCGACCUGCUCCCUUCCGCGAGACGAUUGCCGUGAACUACCGGCAUAUGAAGUUGAGAGAGAACAAGAACGGAUGUUCUUUGGAUGGGGAAUACUAUUUCUCAAAUCUAAACUCUCUGCUCGCGUUUUAUAUGUUUGUGAAAGUGGAGGUUAGCCAUUUUAAACUUAUGGUUCUACACCUAGGAGUUCCAUACCUCCUAAUUCUCUUGUUCUUCAAGAAGUGGCUGCUCUCAAAUCUCAAGUCCAGUUGAUCAUGAUACAAUUGAAUGAUCUGGCUUCAAAACUCGACGGCCCUCAAACCGAUUCAACUCGUCAUGCUCCUGUGGCUCAGCUUCCUUUGGCUCAUGUUCCUGCCGCCCAAGCCUCUGCUACUCCUCAUCCUCCUGUCGUGAACUCUGCCUCUGGUGAUCAACGUGGUCUCGCUGCUCUCUCUGACCGUGAACUGUGGGCUGCUGUCGCUCGUGCUUCAUCUUCCACCACCUUUUUGGAGAAGUCGUUCCGUGCAGUUCUUGAGAAACUUGCUGAUUCCAAAACGCCCCAACAAGAAAUUGAUGAUUCUAUCCUAGUUAAUAAGGUUUGUUCUCAUCUGAACAUUCCUGCCCCGCUUAGUAUCCAUCGACAUCCAUGUAAUUCUCGUUUUAGACCGGUUAAAAUCCAAUUUUCCUCUGUUCAUUCUCGCAAUAUGUUUAUUUUUGGUUUCAAAAGAGCCGUUUCUGCGCUUUUUCAAAACACCAUUGUACCAUAUUGUCGCGUUCGUCGUGAUAUGAUUCCUCAUGAACUUGUCCUCCUUCGCCGCCUUCGUCAUCGUGUCUUUGUUCUCAAUCAAGACGAAGGCAAAUUGCGGUUUUAUCUCAGAGACCUCACCAUUGUUGAAAGGUCCAAAUGUAUCCCUUUGCCUGUACCUCGCAACACGAACAUUUCUGUUAAUACUAAUUUUACUCCUGUGAACAAUAUUUCUUUUAUUUCUAACCCUGUUAAUGUCAACUUAUCAGUUCAGCUAUUUUUCCUCUGUUGAGAGUAAAUUUUCUCAUUUUUUAAAAAUUUUUAAUGAAAUUGUUCGUGAUUCCUGUUCUAGUCUUCUAACUCCCCCCCUCAGUCGUCGCCCAUUCAACCAUGACAAUCGUAUUCGCCGGCUAAAUAUUAAAAGAGCCAGUCUCAUUCGUGCUAAUCUUUUCAAUAAUUCUACCCGCCUCCAAUUCAAUCUACUGUAUAAAAAAAAUCAAAGCUUGUGCCUCCUCCAUCUCCCUGGCACAGGAAACUUACAUUGCUAACAAUUUCAACCAUGUUCAACUUUCCAAAUAUAUCUCCAAAAAAACUCAAAUGUUGUUCUUCCAUCCCCAACAUUACUUACAACAAUUCCCUUAUUUCUGAAAGCUCCUCAAAAGCAGAUGUUUUUUUGCUCAAAUUUUUUUAGCACAAAUUUUUUUCUGAUGAAGUUUACGAUUUGAUGCCCAUUUUUCCCUUCCCCGAAAGCCACUAACUGCUCUAUUUCGUUCACUCCUGAACUUGUUUAUAAAACUCUGAUAGCUUUUACCUCCCAAAUGCGGUUUUUUUCGCCUGACUUAAUCAAUCAACUUGUUUUUAAAAAGGUGCUCUACAUCUAUUUCUAUUCCUCUGUCUAUUCUGUUUAACGAAUCAUUUUUAUUCCGGUUUCAUUCCACCCUCCUGGAAAUCUACCACGGUAAUUCCUAUUUUUCAAACGUGGAAAAAAAUUCAGAUCCGUCAAACUACCGCCCUAUAUCCUUGACACAUCCUUUGUCCCGGGUCUUUGAAAGGAUUAUUUGUGAUAUGAUUCGCCGGAGAUUCUCCUCAUUGUUUUUCUGAAUCUCAGUUUGGUUUUUUUAAACAAACGGUCUUGCAAGCUUAACCUUCUAUCUUGCCUCUCCUCUUGGCAAAAAAAUCUAUCGCCUCGAAAAAAAAUUUGUCGAUGUUGUUUAUUUUUGACUUUUGCCAAGGCUUUUUGAUAAGGUUAAUCAUUCUCUGCUUGUUCAUAAGCUCAAGAACUUUGGUCUUGACGACAACGUUGUUCGAUGGUACAAAAACUUCUUAUCUGAGCGUGUUUCUAAUGUUCUGAUCGAUGGAUCUCGUUCUUCUCUUACUUAUCUCAAUACUUCCGGUGUCCUUCAAGGAACUGUAUCUGGUCCUUUGCUUUUUUCUAAUUUUCAUCAAUGAUAUUGUUAACUACAUUGACCAUGAAACCUCAAUCUCUCUGUUCGCUGAUGAUAUAAAAAUUUACAGUUCUAACCCUGAAUCUCUCCAACGUAGUAUUAAUUCCAUAUUUGAAUGGUCUUCCAUUUGGGGCUUGCCUCUUGCUGCGCACAAAACUUUUGCUAUCAACCUUGGUCCCCUCAAUCCCAAAACAACUUAUUUAAUCAAUGGUCUGUCUAUUCCCAGAAAAACCAUUAUCCGUGAUCUAGGUGUUCUUAUCGAUGAUAAACUAACUCUCGCUCCUCACAUUAACAAUAUCGUUUCUUUAGCAACCCUUCGUUCCAAUCAGAUACUCAACUGUUUUUCGUUCCAAAUCACCUGAUCUAUUGUUCAAAUUUUUUUAACACCUAUGUAAGGCCUAUUCUAGAAUACUGCUCCGAAGUUUUUUUAACCCUCCCCUUAACUCUGAUCUCUGCUACAAACUGGAAUCUCCUCUCAGAAUUUUUUUCUCGUAAAAAUUUUUUUAUUAGGUCCAACUUAUCCUUUGAAUCUUACUCUGAUCGCCUUGAACAAUUUGAUAUCUCUCCACUUUACCUCAGACGAGCUAUAUCUGACAUUCUGACCCUUCAUAAAAUUGUCUUCGGUAUCGAUCAUUUUUCCCCAGUUCGAACUUUUUUUGCCCUCAGGUCCAAUUUAAGGCGAAAUCCACUUCGACUGCGUUCUCAAGGUCAGUUUUUCUAAUGAUUUUUUUCUUUAAAACAAUUCCUACUUGGAACAAACUCACUUCCAAAUUUCAAUUCAGCCACCACCCCAAGUCUUUAAAAAAUUUACUGGUCAAUCUACCAUUGCACGAGAUCUUCUUGUCUAUUCCUUCACGACUCAAAUAAUGUAUAACUGUAUAAUUUAUUCUCUCAAAUUCUAGAUCCAAGUGAACUCGUUAGGGUUCACGCUGAUCUGUCAAUAAAUUAUUAUUAUUAUGAAAACUUGUCAUUUUUCGUUUGCAAAAAUGCUUUGAAAUACUCUCGCAGUUGUUAACACCAAGCGCCUAAAUGGGGCCAUACAACACAAAGUUAGAGAGAAUUGAGAACAGCCCCCGGGAUCUUUUGAGCAUCGCGACUGAAAUUUCGAUUUUUUCGAGAUUUCAUCGUUCCAUUUUCAUCACUGAAAUCGAUGAAACCAGCCGCAGAGCGCAAUUUUUUAGAUUGACGGAAAAAAAACAGCCGUCCAAAUAACAACUCAUAAAAGCUUUCAAAUUCAAAUCUUCAAGAAUUAUGAAAAGUAGGCGUAGGGCGUAAAUAUUCGAAUUUUCGCGGCUCUCCUCUCCAAAACUCGAUCGUUUUCAGGGACAACAAGAUUUUAAUCUUCGGAACCCAAUAAGUCGCCAGUACGGAUCCUUCCGCUCCUCACAGAUCAAGAUUGUUAAGACGGUGAGGAAUUUUUGAAUGAACCAAAAAAAAUUUUCCGGUUUAAAAAUAACCAAAUGUUUUCGAUUUGCUCCUUCUUUUUCAAAAACAACUUUUGAGCUAAAAUAUGUUUUUUGUCGAAUUGGGGUCAUAGUUCUUGAUAUUUGCAGCUCGGGAACGGCGCGUUCGGAGAAGUUUCGCUUGCGGAGAUCAACCACCCGGCUUUCGAACAGGACAAGGCGGUCGUGAAAACGGUAGGCCUUAAGAAAGCGAAUUUAUUCAGGGAAAGUUCGAAAAAGACGUCUAGAGCUGAAUUUCGAAAUUUAUUGUGUUGAUCAAGAGUUGCAACAAGUCUGAAUUGGGAUUUCUUAAGAUAUCAAGACAUUUUGAUGGAUUGGAAUAAAAAUAGGGAUAAACUUGCGUAGAGCAUAUUCUUGUCUGUUGUAUGGUAUUGAAGUUUUGACUUUGUUGAAAAUUAAUUAAAUUUGAAGAACUUUUCGGACUUUUGUAAUGAACUUCUAGCGAUCACAUCAGCGGCGUCAGCGCUCAAGUGAUCACUAAAUUCUCAGAUGCGUUUUUUAUGCUACCGAGGUCCGAGUUCUGUCAAAAAUGCAGUGUGCGAUAAAAUUGCUCUGUGGACAAAAUAAAGACGCAAUUUCUGGGUUUUUAAGAUAAAGAAAGGCGUACCGGAGCCCCUCGGACUUGAAGAAAAGUUCCUUGUUGAAGGAACAAUCUCCAUCCCGCUGGACCACCCUAAUGUUGUCCGCACAUUAGGGUGGUGUUACGAUUCUAAACCUCUGCAGCUACUAAUGGAACUAUGUCCGGGUGAGGCUUCCAAAAAGCAUUUCUUCCAAUCUCUAUGAAAUUUCUCUAUGAGAUCAGAUAACUUUGAAAAUAACUUGAAAAAAUUCCGGAAUAUAACUUUAAACGAAAAACACGUUAAUUUUGCGAUCGCUGAUGUCAAUUAGACUUUUUGACACAUAUCCGCCUAAUCUUCGAAAAUAUGAAUUACGGUUUCUUUCCGCCUAAAGCUUUGGCGGAAGUCUUGUUCUUUUGAGCUUACCGUCAAUUUUUGAAUUGAUAUCGUUUUUUGAAGGUGGAGCUCUAAGCACUUUUCUCAUAGCCAAGUCUGAGAAAGCCUCGAACCUGACCUUGACGAGGUUCUGCCUCGAUGCCGCGAGGGGACUCGAGUAUUUGCACGACUUUGGGGUCCUACACAGAGAUGUAGCCGCACGAAACUGUCUUAUAGUCGAACACGGAACGGUAUUUUCAUGGAACCUGCAGAGAAUUCACCAAAUUUUUCAGGCAAAGGUGGCGGAUUUUGGACUUUCGGUUAAGGCUUACUACUAUGAGAUGACUACCGCGGAAAACUUGCCUACCCGCUAUUUGCCACCUGAAAGCCUGACGAGCUACUCUUUUAAGGCCGAAUCGGACGUCUACGCCUACGGGGUUUUCUUUUUUCUCAUAUCUGACUAAAUUGGAAACUUUACAGCAUCUCGUCUGCGAAGUGUUCAACAAAUGUCAAAUGCCGUAUGCCGGCAUGUCAGGACCGGAGGCCCGAAAACAGGUUACUUUUUUCUUUUUACAAAAAUAGUACGUUUUUUGCAGAUACUCGCGGGGAAAGUGGUCAACGUUCACGGAAGAGCACCCGAAGCUCUUCGCUUUUUCGUGGAAAACAGGAUCUUCGCCUAUCACGCAAUUUACAGGCCGACCAUGCCCCAGGUAUAAACUUUUUUUGAGAGCGCAUUAUUCGACGCAAAAUAGCCUCAAAUUUCAUCUUUGAUUUUCGAAAAAGGUCAUGCGUUUUAUAACUCACAACUUGAUAACUAUCGCCGCUAUUUUUUCUCGAUACUUGAACAAAUCCAAAAAGUUUGAAAAAAGAAGCUUUAGAUAGUCGAGUUCAUGACAGAGGUCAUCAGCAUUUUGAAGGAGGUUUGGCUUUUAAAGUUUUCAUAAAAAUGAUUUCUUUUACAGACGAAUCCGGGUGACAACGCAGCAUUUGAGAUUGGAGCUGAAAACAAGGAAGCGAUGCAGCCGAGCACUGGAACUGAAGUGAAUCUUUGUCUUGUCUAUUGAAGCCCAGAGGUCACACUGGGAAUGGCUCCAUGCACACCGAGUCCUUUGAACGAACGUCCGACCAGAAUCGGCUUGGGCGAUGAGAAAUCAAGGAGCCAUUUCCAAUGCGAUCAUGCUGUUUUAGUCGUGGAAAACUUCAUACUUCUCAGCUUAGUAUGAAAAUAGGGUAGGAGAAAUGAAAAUUCUUUUUGAUUAAAAAAAGCCAAAAAAAAUCAUAUUUUUCGAGCCAACAUCUUUUACAGGAAGUCUUUGAGAGACUCGAGCCAAGUUCAGCGGCUCAGUCACCGCCUGUCGAUGUCGCUGCAUAG